AUGAACCUUCUUGAGCUCACUGAUGUUGCACAUACGAAGAAAACCUACAGCACGGUCUAUGAGAUUUACCUUCUCAAUUUCCUUAGUGAUUUUCUUUUCCUCAACAAAGACCAUCUUGGCACGAGUCUCAGACUUGAUGAGCUGUUGGCUUUCAAUGUUCAAAGCAUAGAAAGAAUGGACUUCGGAUUGCUCCAAUUGUUCGUUCUUGAAGGUGUAGGUGUAGACGGUUUGUGGUCUGACGAAUUGUCCCUCCUUCUCACAGUCUUUGCACUUAGAUCCAAAACGGAAGCCAUAAGAUGUUUCUGGGCGAGUGAUGCAUUUGUCGAAGUUGACAGACUUGGUGUAGAUGGUCUUCUCUCCUUCUUGGACAAUGGUGUGAGCGACUUGACAGUCUCCUUCCAUGGUCUUCUCGUGAACAUUGAAGAAACGGCAAUCCUUCUCGGUUUCCAUGUCCUUCUCGUCUUGGUUCAACUUAUCUACUGGAGCAGAUCUGUGGAGGGAUAG